UGGCGGGCGCGAGGCAUUCAAAAUCAGGCGUCCAGCCGCUUGUCUCUCACUUCUCCACUCUGUCACUGCAUACCUACCCAUGGACGACUACUCGCCGUACUCCAAAGGCCAGCUCUCUAUGGAGCUCGCCGCCGCGGCACUAGGCAUGCAGCACAUGCCGAUCUCGUCUUACCAGACUCUUGCAGGCUUGGAUGCGUUCUCGCCAGCCUCAUACCAGACCACGAGGCACUCGACCGCUGCAUACCCUCCGUCUCAGUACCAUCAGUUUGCGAACGAGCAGCCGGGGUCGUACAUGCCCUCCGCGCUCUCGGGGAGCAAUCUCGCUCUGCACGACGCCCUCACGAACGUCUACCUCUCGGCGCAGUACCCGCAGCAACGCCCGCCGUCUCCCCAGCUCCACUACCCUCUGAGAUGGCCGGAGGCUGACAGCUACCCCCAAUAUCCGAUGACGAAUGCGAUCGACCCCGCGCUCGCGCAGGGCGCCUCCCAUUUUCCACCGUCGUACUCUGUGGCUCCGCAGAGUACGUACCAGUCGAUGCAAGAUGCCCAGAGCGCGGCUAGCCAUCCCGCAUGGGCUGUGUCUGGCUCCCUGGACCCUGUCACCGGAGUGUUCCAGCGUAUGGCAGAGCACCCCCGGAUGCGUACCGCUCAGGCUUGCGAGAAGUGUAGGACGCGGAAGGCGAAGUGCAGCGGAGAGCAUCCAUCGUGCCAGCGUUGCCGCUCUCGCGGGCUCCUCUGUGAGUACGCACCAGAGCGCCGUAUGCGCGGGCCCAACAAGAAGAAACGUGAUGAAUCCAGCACCGAGCGCAAGUCGUCACCGUCAUUCGAUGAGCAGCGCCGCGGUUCCGUCAUCUCCGUCGCGUCGACCAGCUCCGGUAGUGACCUCGACAGCUACCGCUUCCCCGAGAUCCCUCCCGCCGUACAGGCCUCCGUCGCAGCGUCCCCGCGCCCGGCGUCCCACACCGCGUCGCCCUACGCCGGCUCUCCCCACCCGCCUUCGCCCCGGCGUCAGCUCAGUCGCUCGCAAGACUUAUCCGCCGGUAUGCCGGCGUCCCCUCUGCGGUUCCACAUCACCGAAGCACCCAGCACGAUGACGCCCCCUCCUGCCCCGGCAAAAAGUCCGACGCAAACUCGCCGGCGUCCGCGCCCACCGCCUCUGCACCUCGGCGAUGCCAUGUUCUUCGACGCUUCUGCGUUCAUGGGACGUUCACCCCGCACGCCGAUGACGCCGGACCCCGUAACGCACUCUAAGGUCGAGCUCGUCGAUGAUAUCACCCCGACGUAUGCGGCGCGCAGGCAGUCCCUUCCAUCCUACCUUGUACAGGGGUACACGUCGACGCCGCCCGUGCUCAGCGAGGGGUUCUCGCAGCAAUCGAACCAUUCGCACUCACGCUCGAACUCGACGAGCGAGGCGCCGCUGACGCCGUUAUCGCUGGACCCUGUGGGGGGCCUGGCUUACCCUGAGGACUUUAGUCUUGGGUUCGAGGGUCAAUUGGGGGAUAUCCAGGAGAGUAAGGAACCGUUUGAGCCUGAGCUGCCGCGCCUGGAGAUUCAUCCGGACGAGCCGGGGAAACACAGUUCGGUGGGUGUCACAGUUGUGGAUGUCAGUCCUGCCGAGGUGCACGCCUUCGUGGACGCUCCUGACUUGGAGACAUGACAGCACGCCCCUGCCAGUGGAUGAGAUUGUAAAACAUCAUGUCAUUAUUACUAUGUAUUCGUCGGUCUUGUUGUAUGGGUACUGUAUUAGUAGAGUUCGCACAAUGAUAUUCAGUGAGCAUGAACCAUUUGACGCGUGCGUAUCCAAUAUGUAUCGCUUAUCCACUCUGAAGCGUGAAAAAG